CUCAGAUUCACAUUUGUCUUCACUAAAUCUCAAAUCUUCUUCGGUUACUCUUCAGUUUUUGUGCAAAAAUCCAGAAAAAAUGGCGUCCAGAAGUAGGGUUAGGAUAUCCUCUCUUCUGAUUAUGCUUUCCAUAAUCGGAUUGGCUGCUGCAGAAAGUGGAACCACCGAAGAAGAAUCUAAAUCGGAAGAGUUUGUCGUGACUUUGGACCACUCCAAUUUUCACGAAUUCGUGUCCAAGCACAAGUUUAUUGUCAUCGAAUUUUAUGCUCCUUGGUGUGGGCACUGCAAGAAACUAGCUCCAGAGUACGAGAAAGCUGCAUCAAUUUUGAGUAAGGAGGAUCCUCCGCUCAUCUUGGCCAAAGUUGAUGCCAAUGAGGAGAAAAAUAAGGCUCUUGCAACUGAAUUUGGUGUCAGCGGUUUCCCCACUAUCAAGAUCUUGAGAUUUGGAGGUAGCGUUGUUCAAGAUUACAAAGGACCUCGUGAAGCUGAUGGUAUUGUUGCUUACGUGAAGAAGCAAAGUGGUCCUGCAUCAGUUGAAAUUAAAACUGCUGAAGAUGCUACCUCAUUUGUUGAUGAAAAAAAGAUUGUUAUUGUUGGGGUGUUUCCCGAGUUUUCUGGAGAGAAGUUUGACAACUUUACUACUGUGGCUGAAAGGUUGCGUUCUGAUUUCGAGUUCGGCCAUGUUUUGGAUGCCAAGCUUCUACCUCGUGGAGAAUUAUCUAUUUCGGGUCCUACCGUUAGGUUGUUUAAGCCAUUUGAUGAGCUUGUUGUUGAUUUUCAGGAAUUUAAUGUGGAUGAUCUUGUGAAGUUGAUUGAAGAGUCUAGUGUUCCUUUGGUGACUCUGUUUAACAAUGACCCAAACAAUCAUCCUUUUGUCAUAAAGUUCUUCAAUACAGAAAAUGACAAGGCAAUGUUGUUUCUGAACUUCAGCAGUGAGAACAUUGAUGCUUUUAAAUCAAAGUAUCGUGAUGUCGCUGAGCAAUACAAAGGAAAAGGCAUAGGCUUUCUACUUGGUGAUCUUGAGGCCAGCCAAGGUGCUUUCCAGUAUUUUGGACUCAAGGAGGACCAGGUGCCUCUCAUUGUCAUACAGACAAAUGAUGGAGAGAAGUAUCUCAAAACUCACUUGGAGCCUGAUCAUAUUGCUUCUUGGGUGAAGGAUUACAAGGAUGGACAUGUGAAACCUUACAAAAAGUCAGAGCCCAUACCAGAAGUUAACAAUGAACCUGUUAAGGUCGUGGUAGCUGACACACUCCAGGACUUCGUUUUCAAUUCUGGGAAAAAUGUUCUACUGGAGUUUUAUGCACCAUGGUGUGGACACUGCAAAAAGUUGGCCCCAAUAUUGGAUGAAGUUGCUGUCUCACUUGAAAAUGAUGCUGAUGUGGUCAUUGCAAAAAUUGAUGCUACUGCAAAUGAUAUCCCACAAGGAACGUUUGACGUCAAAGGUUACCCAACAUUGUAUUUUAAAUCAGCAAGUGGAAAUAUCUUGCAGUAUGAUGGUGACAGGACCAAGGAAGACAUGAUUGAGUUUAUUCAGAAGAAUCGAGAUAAGGCAGCUCAGCAAGAAUCUGGAAAAGAUGAGCUCUGAAGAAGGUCAUAAUGUUUCAAGGCGCAGCAUUUUUGUUGUUAAAGAAGUGGUGCACCUAAUGAACAAAAGGAGUUACUUUUUGGCAGCCUUCGCCAAACUGUUGGCAUUAGAAAAAAGGAUCUGUCAUCAUGCCCUUCUGCUGCUGCCUUUAAAUAAAUACCUGUAGUGAAGCAGGUUUGUUACUUUAGUUUAUCAUAGAGAUUAGUGUAAGUUGGUUGCGUACUAGUAAUUUUAUUGAACUGUUUCUUUAAUAUAUAAUCACAUAGCCUGUUGCAGUUGCUAAACUUCUCUCCCCCCAAAAGUUGUUGUAUUGACUCGUGAAAGAAAACCCUCCUCAGGGCUUUCUUUUUGUAUGCCUCUGUCUCGAGUAAACUUGUAUGGUUGGUUGGGAGUGGUUUGUAUUCUUUUCA